GCAAACAUUGAUAAAAAACAGCAAGUCGCGGUUAAACAACUACAAACACAAGCCAUAAGCAUUCCCUCCGAAGAAUAUAUUGAACGUGCACAGGGAGCUCGUUCCAUUGUUACACGUGGCUUCUUGCAAAAUGAUAACAAACAAGCUUCACACGACGAUCAGAAUGAUAUUCCUGACGAUUCCGCUUUAGCUAUUCUAAAAAGAUAUUCCGAAAGUAGUGAAUCAGAAAAUGACGAAGGCAAUAUAUCUCCGUGCGAAUUGGCAAGUAUGGGGGUCGAAGAUCGCCAUCGACUAUUAUACAAAAAGAGUACUGGUGAUAAAAAUUACACUGACGAUGAAGUUGAUGAGAAUUCCGAUGAUGAGGUUUACACUGACAAUGUAGUUGAUGGGGGUAGAAAGAAAAAGAAUAGCGAAAUUCCUCUGCAAGAAAAGCAAAGGAAAGAAAUAAACGAUAGUUUUAAUUUGAUGGAUAAAAAUAAAAUGUGGAAAUUAUCAUCCGGAAAGAAGCUAGACUAUGAGCAUGCAAUACAUUCUUUUAUAUUGGACGUUGAAGAUGAAGCUGUGCUUAAUCAUUUUACCGAAGAGGGGAUAGAGGAAAUAGAUCAGGCACGGGGUCCUACCGCUCCUGAGUUGUCUGAAAAUGUAAUAGAUUGUUUAAGUAAAUUCUCUGGCAAGACCGAUUUACACGAAAUUAGGAAAAUUCUUAAAGAAAUUGCCUUUGAUGACAAAUAUGAUAUUAGAAAAGAUCAUGAUGUUGAUUAUAUCAUAUUUGCUAUACACGCUUU